UAUCUUGCUAUGGUUGCCGGGCAACUAUCUUGACCAUUCUUUGGGUGAAAGGUCUUCACGGACUUCCUGUAUCUUCCAAAUUCAGCCGUAACCGUGAAAACGGUUUGGUUGCUCCUUCUCCGUGUCCACAGCAGCACAAUGUCUGGGAGUCCUGCUGUGGUCAUGAGGCUGGUGGCCUCUGCCCACUCUGUGGCUGAAAAGGCCGGGUCCAUUGUGAGGAAGGUCCUUCACAGUGGAGAACUUGGCAUUGUGGAAAAGACCGGAGCUAAUGAUCUGCAGACACUGGCUGACAGGUUGGCACAGCAGAGCAUUUGUGCGUCACUGCUCAGACGUUUCCCCAAAAUCACCAUCAUUGGAGAGGAGGAGCUUCCACCUGAGGAGAUAAGGGAAGAUCUCAUUGAGAAUGGCCACUCAGAAGAAAUCCUUCAGAAGACAUGUCCAGCAGAAUAUAGCGGGCUGAAAGAGGAGGAGCUAGUUGUGUGGGUUGAUCCUCUCGACGGCACAAAGGAAUAUACUGAAGCGGCGAGGUGUCUCCAUCACCAAACUGAGGCCCAGAUACCACACAAAGGGUCGGACACCUCUCAGCUUCACAGCACGGCUCUCUGGCUUCUGGAUAAUGUGACGGUGCUCAUUGGUAUCGCAUACGGAGGCAGAGCUAUUGCAGGUGUCAUCAACCAGCCUUUCUACAACUACCAGCUUGGAGCGGGAGCAGAUUUAGGAAGGACCAUAUGGGGAAUGCCGGGACUGGGCGCCUUUGGAUUCCAGCUGCAGGAAGUUCCAGGUGAUAGACGUAUAGUCACCACCACACGUUCCCAUAGCAACAAGGUGGUAACGGACUGUGUAGACGCCAUGGAGCCUCAUGAAGUUAUUAGAGUGGGAGGCGCUGGAAACAAGAUAAUCCAGCUCAUUGAAGGAAGGGCUUCUGCUUAUGUCUUCGCCAGUCCAGGGUGCAAGAAGUGGGACACCUGCGCUCCUGAAGCCAUUCUGAGCGCUGUCGGAGGUAAACUGACUGACAUGCAUGGCAAUGCAUACUGCUACCAUGCUAAUGUAAAGCACAUGAAUUCUGCUGGCGUUCUUGCUACACUACGUAACCACAAGUACUAUGUCAACAGAGUACCACAGUCAGUGCUGCAGGCCCUCAAGUCAGACUGAAGUCCGUCUCCAUCACAAUCACACUAAUCAUGUCUGUUGGUGGUAGAGACAUAUUCCUCAACACACGUGUAGAAAUGUAAUAAAAUCUAUUUUAUAAUUUUUUUUUUUAAAUCUGAUUUUCUGUUUUUAGCAAAACAUUAAAAAUAAAUUGUUGUAUGUAA